GGGGCGGCUCUGGUAGCCGCAGACGCCGGAGUGGCAGCCGCCAGAGACACUUUCCGAGGGUUCCAGUUGGGGAGAAAGCCGAGGUGUCGCUGGCCCCGGACUGUUCCUGGACACUCAAGAGGGACUACAGGUUAUGGGUGCUACAUGUGUGCUUUCAGAGCAGUAGUGUGAGGAAGCGUGAAGUGGGAUGGCAGGACGGCCUCAUCCUUAUGACAGUAACUCCAGUGAUCCAGAGAAUUGGGAUCGGAAAUUGCAUAGUAGACCUCGUAAACUUUAUAAACAUUCAAGUACUCCCUCACGUGUUGCUAAAGGAGUUGUUGAACACACCAAAAUGAGUCUGCAUGGUGCUACUGGGGGACAUGAGAGGUCAAGAGAUAGACGGAGGUCAAGUGACAGAUCACGAGACUCAUCUCAUGAAAGAACAGAAUCCCAGCUCACUCCUUGUAUUAGAAAUGUUACUUCUCCAACACGACAGCACCAUAUUGAACGUGAAAAAGAUCACAGUUCCUCUCGUCCAAGCAGUCCUCGUCCUCAAAAAGCAUCUCCAAAUGGUUCCAGCAGCAGUGCUGGGAACAGCAGCAGAAACAGUAGUCAGUCGAGUUCAGAUGGUAACUGUAAGACAUCUGGGGAAAUGGUGUUUGUUUAUGAAAAUGCAAAAGAAGGAGCUCGGAAUGUAAGAACAUCAGAGCGAGUGACGCUAAUAGUGGAUAACACUAGAUUUGUUGUGGACCCAUCCAUUUUUACUGCACAACCAAAUACAAUGCUGGGCAGGAUGUUUGGAUCUGGCAGAGAACAUAACUUUACACGUCCCAAUGAGAAGGGAGAGUAUGAAGUGGCGGAGGGGAUUGGUUCUACUGUGUUUCGAGCUAUUCUGGAUUACUAUAAAACAGGAAUAAUCCGUUGUCCUGAUGGCAUAUCUAUUCCCGAACUAAGAGAAGCAUGUGACUAUCUUUGUAUCUCUUUUGAAUAUAGUACUAUUAAAUGUAGAGAUCUCAGUGCCCUAAUGCAUGAGUUAUCAAACGAUGGUGCUCGUAGACAGUUUGAAUUUUAUCUGGAAGAAAUGAUCCUGCCUCUCAUGGUAGCUAGUGCCCAAAGUGGGGAACGUGAAUGUCACAUAGUGGUGCUUACAGAUGAUGAUGUGGUUGAUUGGGAUGAAGAAUAUCCACCACAGAUGGGAGAAGAAUAUUCACAAAUUAUUUAUAGCACAAAAUUAUAUAGAUUUUUCAAGUACAUUGAAAACAGAGAUGUGGCCAAGUCAGUUUUGAAGGAGAGGGGUCUUAAGAAGAUUAGGUUGGGAAUAGAAGGUUAUCCUACUUACAAAGAAAAAGUAAAGAAAAGGCCUGGGGGCCGCCCAGAAGUGAUUUACAACUAUGUCCAAAGACCCUUUAUUCGAAUGUCUUGGGAGAAGGAAGAAGGAAAGAGUCGGCAUGUAGACUUUCAGUGUGUAAAGAGUAAAUCCAUCACCAACCUUGCAGCAGCUGCCGCAGACAUUCCCCAGGACCAGCUGGUAGUCAUGCACCCAACUCCCCAGGUGGAUGAGCUGGAUAUUCUCCCUAUCCAUCCCCCUUCUGGCAGCAAUGACCUCGAUCCUGAUGCGCAGAAUCCAGUGCUGUGAUGCUGAUGUUCCUUGAAACCAUAGCAUGCUACUCUUCACAGUGACGUUGCACUCUCCUCAUUCUGCACUGCAAGGCCACUCUCUUCAUUGUGAGAUGCACAUAACGAUGUUUAGGAUAUUGCAGUGUAGGCUUUUUUAAAAGACCAAAGGUAGCCGAAUGGUUUUUUAACUGAGUACAACUCUAGCAUCCUGAGGUUCCAGUUACAUAAACGUAUUUGUUUACUAGUGGGUUUGUGGAAUUGGUUCUUUGUAUGGGGGACAGUCCUUUUUCACACAUCUAGAUCUUUUCUGAAGUGGUGGAAAUUGGCAGCUGGGGUACUUUCAGUCUAGAUUGAUAGUUAUCACACCCCAGGUAAAAUGUAGAAUAUUACAUGGUUGCACUUUAUAAAUGGUGGUUAAAUGGAACUGUUCAAGCCAUUUUUCUAGUUGUGAUGCACAAUAUAAUUUAAAUAAGUGCUUCUUUCAAAGUAUUCUUUCAGUAAAUUGUGUAUAGUUUGCUGCCCACGAUGAGCAAAAUGUGUUUGUCCUUGGGCUUAUUUGAAUGAUUAAAAUGAGAUUCAGUGCCCAUAUCUUAUCAGUUAUCUCCAGUGCCGUUUUCACCCUUUUAGAGUGAGUCAUAAUGCAGGGAGUGUGAACAUCAGAAGUGGUUUAUUAUCCAGUCUGCCUUACCCUUAAUCUGUUCACAGAUAUUUAUUUACUAAUGAUUUUUUUUCCCCAAGAGUUAUGGGAUAGGAAAAUGGCGUGUCUGCUCUUCAUUUACUAAAUGAUUGUAAACUGGUUUUUUCAUCAAAAUAAAAUUCCAUUGUUUUAA